AUGUCUUCCGCACAAGCAAUUUCACCAGAAGUGCAAGAAUAUUUAGAUCAUGUUGUUUCCAAACUUCCAGAAAGUAGUUGGUCUUUUAUGCAAGGGUUUUUGAUAGGCCAAUUAUCGGUAGUGAUUUUGGUGUUCGCUUUUAUAAAGUAUAUGUUACUGGAAGACGUGAAAAAAGAUAGUCCUCAGCGUCCUCUUCCCAUUCCUACGCCUCUGACUCCGAAAACAGAUUCAUCUUCACCAGUAUCAACUAUUUUAUCAAAAACUUUAUAUGAUCCAGCUUAUCACCCACCUGAAUCAACAGCAUGGCUUAAUGUUCUAAUUGGACAGGCCAUAUAUCAAUAUCGAGAUGAUGCUAAAACGGACAAUCGUUUGGUACGCAUGGUUGAUGAAAUAUUGAACGGUGGUGUGAGACCUGAUUUUGUGGGUCCCAUAGAGGUUACGCGCCUAGAUAUUGGAGAAGAGUUUCCUGUUUUUAAUAAUGCUCGAAUAAGAUCGGCGGAUUCCAUAGGAAAAAUGAGAGUUGAAGUUGAUUGUGAUUAUUGCGAUCAAAUCACACUUGGAAUUGAUACUCAAAUACUUAUUAAUUGGCCCAAACCAAAAAUCGCCGUUUUACCAAUUUCAUUAGUAUUAUCUGUGAUCAAAUUUUCUUCUACGAUAACUUUGGAGAUAGUGACUACUCCGGAAUCCUCUUAUAUUUUAGUCUCUAUAUUACCGGAUUUCAUUCUCGAAUUUAAUGUUCAAUCAUUAAUAGGCUCACGAUCAAAACUUGAGGAUAUUCCUAAAAUCACUCAUAUCAUAACAUCUAAAUUACGAAACGCGUUUUGUGAAAAAUUCGUGUAUCCUAACUUUAAAAAAAUCAAAAUACCUGAUUUGUGGAGCGGAAAUAAGAAAUCUAGGAAUUCGGAUCAUCUUUCAUCAGUAAAUUCACCAAACGCUUUUGGAGAUGAAGAAAUAGUUGAUUCAACUACGACUUCUUCAACACUACCUGAAGGAUUGAGGCAUCGUAAUAAUGUUAUGGGAGAUUAUCCGAUAGUGCAGGAUACUGUUUUUCUCACACACGGUGUACAAACCACGACACAAGCUUAG